AUGACACUCAUCAGGACCGCGAUCGCAGAAGCAGAGUCAUCAACCUGCAUAAGAUGGAUUAAUGACGAGGUUGCUGUCCCGACCCUGAGACAGGAACACACUGAGUGCCUCGGGAGACCGGGUACGGCCCCUUGUGCUGCCAGGUCGACCACAGAUGCCAAAACAGUGGGAGUCUCAUUGUGGGAGCCUGAGGAGGAGGGCACAUGGCGUGCCGAGUACGGCCCCAACAGAAGUGCAGGCGAACAUAGAGGAGUGGAUCCCGCCGUCAUAGGAGACCUCAUCACCAGGCCCCGGUGUUCGCAGAAGACCACCAUCGCCGCCAAUCUCGCCACAGAGGCGAGGCCGCAGGAGCCGCAAAGCUCAAGCAGACAGAUCUCUGAGCUCGUGAACACCCCGAAGCUAAGGGCUCUGAGAGUGAAGAGUGCAGAGAUCAGGAGUGCCAUAAGCACGAACGCAAAACAGAGGUUCGAGCUGGUGUGGAAGGAUGGUGAGGAGAUGGCACGAGCGGUUCAAGGCCACUCUUUUGAGGUCGAGAAGUCGCUUAUCGCGCAGGAGCUAAGUGAAGCCGAUCUGCCGGCCACGGUGUACCAUGGGACCACUAGCGACUGUUACCGGAGCACAACCCGGGACGGGCUGCUUGCGGGCGGCCUCCGAAAGGUGCGAGCCGAUGUUCACUUUGUGGAACAGAUGCCGGGAUCCUCUGCAGUCAUUUCCGGUGCUAGAUCCAACUGCACCCUUGCACUGGUCGUGGAUGCAAAGAAAGCUGCAAGGAUCGCGACUUCCGGCCCCUCCUGCCUGGGAGCCGAGUGGGAGCCUCGAAAGGGCCCAAACCAGACACGAACGAGGUGCUGCAGGCAAGUAUACACUGCAUUACCAUGGCUAAUUUUGUCCACCAUGAGUAUCCUUGGAUGGCUGCGCAAACUCCUAACAGGCAAAGGAGGGCAGCGAAGGAAGUGGAGAGUCCAGCGCCGACUCCAUGGCAUCUACAGACGCAGGCCCAGCUGGGCAGGGAAACCCUGA